AUGAGUUUACCACCAGAAUAUGCCCCAACAGCUUCAACUUCAUUCACUAUAUCCUCAAACUCAGCAAUAUAUAAUCAUGAAAUAACUAGAUCAUCAAUAAUCAAAAGUACAACGCAUAAAUCAGUAUAUGAUGCACUAGGAGAAAUAUGUUCGAUAUUACCAACUAUCGAAAUGUUGGAGAAUUCAUUCAUAAAGGACUACAUUACAGAUAAAGAAAAAUAUACAUCAACUACAUACAGAUUAAUAAGUCAGUACCAAAUACUAAUUAAGAAUUUUGAUGAUACAAAAUUUCCCAUAUUACAAAAUUUAUUACCAAAUUUAUUACCUGAUCUAUCUAAUUUUCUAAAGGAAUAUAUGCAAAAAUUUAAUUUAAAUUAUCCACUAGCUCUUAAGAGAUUGGAGUCUGGAGUACCUUCAACAAUUGAGCAUUUAUCGGAAACUAGUCAAACUGUGAACGUUAAUGGUAAUGGUAACAACAACACCAACAAUACUGCUAAAGCAAGAUUAAUUGCAGAAAUAACUGGUAAUUUCAUAACAUGUAUGGACGCAAUCAAAUUGAAUUAUAAGACAAGAGAACAAUUACAUCCUUUGCUAAGUGAUUUAGUUGUUAAUUUAAAUGAGUUUAAUGAGGAUAUAGAGUUUACAGGAAAGUCAAAAUUAAUUAAUUGGUUAAUUAAGAUAAAUAAUUUAGAAAAAGAAUUAUCUCAAGAAGAUUCAGAUUCUUUUUUGAAUGAUUUGGACAUAGCUUAUAAAGGUUAUUACGCAUCUUUGAAAAAUGAAUAA